CACGCACGGCUACCGACAGGAGUUCAGACGGAGAGAGGAGGUACCAGCACCGACAGAUCCAGAUUUGCUACAAGAGUAUCAGUUACAGGCGCUGUAAACCGAGACGACGCGAGCUUGUUAAUUAAACAGAGGAAUCAUGUCAAAAGGACCAGCUGUGGGAAUUGACCUGGGCACCACCUACUCUUGCGUCGGAGUGUUUCAGCAUGGCAAAGUCGAGAUCAUUGCCAAUGACCAGGGAAACCGGACCACUCCCAGUUAUGUUGCUUUCACUGACACUGAAAGGCUGAUUGGAGACGCAGCCAAGAACCAGGUGGCUAUGAAUCCCAACAACACAGUAUUCGAUGCCAAACGUCUUAUCGGGCGUCGUUUUGAUGACAGUGUUGUGCAGUCAGACAUGAAACACUGGCCCUUCACUGUCAUUAAUGACAACUCGCGUCCCAAAGUCAAAGUGGAGUACAAAGGGGAGAUCAAGACCUUCUACCCGGAGGAGAUCUCCUCCAUGGUGCUGGUGAAAAUGAAGGAGAUUGCGGAGGCCUACCUUGGCAAGACUGUAACAAACGCUGUGGUGACUGUUCCCGCCUACUUCAAUGACUCUCAGCGCCAGGCUACCAAAGAUGCCGGGACAAUUUCUGGCCUUAAUGUUCUGCGUAUCAUCAACGAGCCCACUGCUGCUGCCAUUGCUUAUGGCCUGGACAAAAAGGUUGGAUCAGAGAGAAAUGUUCUCAUCUUCGACCUGGGCGGCGGCACGUUUGAUGUCUCCAUCCUGACAAUUGAGGAUGGCAUCUUCGAAGUGAAGGCCACCGCAGGCGACACACACUUGGGCGGCGAGGACUUCGACAACCGCAUGGUGAACCACUUCAUCUCCGAGUUCAAACGCAAGUACAAGAAGGACAUCAGCGACAACAAGAGGGCGGUGCGUCGCCUGCGCACGGCCUGCGAGAGAGCUAAGCGCACCCUGUCGUCCAGCACUCAGGCCAGCAUCGAAAUCGACUCCCUGUACGAGGGCAUCGAUUUCUACACCUCCAUCACCCGGGCGAGGUUUGAGGAGCUGAACGCAGACCUGUUCAGAGGAACGCUCGAGCCUGUGGAGAAGGCCCUCCGCGACGCCAAGAUGGACAAGUCUCAAAUCCAGGACAUAGUCCUGGUUGGAGGUUCAACUCGUAUUCCCAAAAUCCAGAAGUUGCUGCAGGACUUCUUUAACGGAAAAGAACUGAAUAAGAGCAUCAACCCCGAUGAGGCCGUAGCUUAUGGUGCAGCCGUCCAGGCAGCCAUCUUGUGCGGUGACAAAUCGGAGAACGUUCAGGACUUGCUGCUGCUGGAUGUGACCCCGUUGUCUCUGGGUAUCGAGACCGCAGGUGGAGUCAUGACUGUGCUUAUCAAGAGGAACACCACCAUCCCCACAAAACAAACCCAGACCUUCACCACCUACUCAGACAACCAGCCUGGGGUGCUCAUCCAGGUGUUUGAGGGUGAAAGAGCCAUGACCAAAGACAACAACCUGCUGGGGAAAUUCGAUCUGACGGGAAUCCCUCCGGCUCCGAGAGGAGUUCCUCAGAUCGAGGUGACCUUUGAUAUCGACGCUAACGGCAUCAUGAAUGUAACUGCUGUCGAGCAGAACGCCAAAAUACAGAACAAAAUCGUGAUCACCAAUGACAAAGGUCGCCUGAGUAAGGAAGACAUCGAGCGCAUGGUCCAGGAGGCAGAGAAGUACAAAGCUCAGGAUGAUAUUCAAAGAGAGAAGGUGGCUGCCAAGAACGCCCUGGAGUCUUACGCCUUCAACAUGAAGUCCACCGUGGAGGACGAGAAACUGAAGGACAAGAUCAGUGAGGAGGACAGGCAGAAGAUUCUGGAAAAAUGUAACGAGGUCAUCAGCUGGCUGGACAGAAAUCAGUCUGCGGAGAAGGAUGAGUUUGAGCACCAGCAGAAGGAGCUGGAGAAGGUGUGCAAUCCAGUCAUGACCAAGUUGUACCAAAGUGCAGGAGGAAUGCCAAGUGGGAUGCCUGGUGGUUUCCCCAGGCCUGGUGGUGCUCCUGGAUCAGGAGGAGCCUCUGGUCCCACCAUCGAGGAGGUCGACUGAGCAAAUGUUUAGUCUUUAAAGAUUGUUAAACAGAUUUAUUUUGCACAUAAGUUAACUACAGUUCUCAAGUAUUUUUGCCAACAUUUUUGACUUUCCGAGGUCGAUAUUCUUUCAUGGGUUUGAUUUUGUACUUUAUAUUUUUCAGAUGUUCACUUUAAUACGGGUUUAUUUAUUCUGUUGUUCACUUUUGUUGGUGUUGAAUUACAUAAUUCUCAAUAAAUGAUUAUAUUUGUCUUUGA